UAAACCCCAAACAUUCACUGCCCCACAGGGCCUGAGCAGAAUAAGAGAGGCUGGGGGAGCCCAGCUGUGCUGUGGCUCAGAGGUCGAGCUGUGGGGGUGUCACCAUGGCCUGGAGCCCUCUCCUGCUCCCCCUCCUCACUCUCUGCACAGGUUCCGUGUUUUCCUAUGAGCUGACACAGCUGUCCUCGGUGUCAGUGUCCCUAGGACAGACAGCAAGGAUCACCUGUUCUGGUGAUAAACUUGACAAAAAAUACAUCUACUGGUACCAGCAGAAAGUAGGCCAGGCCCCUGUGCUGGUGAUAUAUGAAGAUAGUGAGCGGCCCUCGGGGAUCCCUGAGCGGUUCUCUGGGUCCAGCUCAGGGAACACGGCCACCCUGACCAUCAGCGGGGCCCAGGCGGGGGAUGAGGCCGAUUAUUACUGUGCAAGACCUGAUGGCAGUGGGAGCAGCUUUCAUAUUUUCGGCGCAGGGACCAAGUUGACCGUCCUAGGUCAGCCCAAGGCCACUCCCACCGUCACUCUCUUCCCACCCUCCUCGGAGGAGCUCAGCACCAACAAGGCCACACUGGUGUGUCUGAUGAGUGACUUCUACCCGGACUCCGUCUCCGUGGCCUGGAAGGCAGACGGCAGCCCGGUCACCCAGGGCGUGGAGACCACCAAGCCCUUGAAACAGAGCAACGGCAAAUACGCGGCCAGCAGCUACCUAAGCCUGACAGGUGACCAGUGGAAAAGUCACGGCAAGUACAGCUGCCAGGUCACCCACGAUGGCAAGACCGAGGAGAAGACAGUGUCCCCUGCACAAUGUGCUUAGGGCCCCGUCCCCCACCCCAGCCACAGGAGCCUGGAACUGCAGGAUCCCAGGGGACGGGUCUCCUUUCCCACCCAGGUCAUCCCGGCACUUCCCCUGGCACUUUAUAAACCCUCAAUAAAUACCCUCACUGCCUAUCAAAA